AUGAAAAUGGCUUACGGUCGUUGUGGUUCACCAGAAACAUACAUAAACAUAUUGUUAUUAGGUGAAACUGGUAUUGGUGAAUUAAAAGUAUUAAUCCCUUCGACAUUUAUAGUAACAGAUAGUGAAACAUUUGAUGAGACAAAAGUUCUUGUAGGAAUUCCAAAUGAUAAUGAAAAUUAUGAAAAUGAUAGGCACUCAUCAACUCAAUUAUGUCGUAGUUAUAUAUUUCCAAUAGGAAAUCGAUCAAUACGUUUUAUUGAUGGACCAGGUGUUGGUGAUACGCGAGGUAAAACAACAAGAUUAUUAAAAGUUCUUCUUAAAGAACUUCAUGAAAGUAAUGAUGUUGAAGUUCCAUUUAAUAGAGAAAAUACAUUUAUAACUUAUAGUGAAAGUUGGAAUAAAUCUGUUGAAAAAUUUUCUCGUCUUAUUAUUCGUAUUCUUCAAUAUGAUCUUCAUGCUGUUCAAGAGAUGAAAUCAUUAAAUGAGGCUCAAUUAUUAAUACAUAAACUUUCUCGACCAGUAGCUGAAAUUGCUACACUUAUUCAAGAAAAUAUUUUAUUAGCUAAACAAUAUAAAGAAAAACUUUUCAAUAAUUCAACAAAUCAAGUUUCAAAUAAAAUUUCACAGAAAACUGGAAGAUUUGUUCGACUUCGAGAAAGACUAACAAAUGAUUUUAAAGAUAAUACAGCAGCACUUGAUUUAAUUAGUUCAAGUAUGUCGUCACAAAAUAAAUCAAGAUCAACCGAUUCAUUUGAUAACACUGUAGGAAUCGAUGAAAUUUUUACUCUAGUACAAAAACUUUAUGAUUCACCAAUAAAUGAGAGAUUAAUUGAAGAACAGGUGAGACGAAUGAAAGAAGGUCAAGCUUAUGCAGCUAGGAAUGAUGAACAAUUUGUUGAUUUAUCAUUAGGUUAUAAUUCUCCAGAUAUUCUUCACAAUUUAAAAGAGAUUGUUAAUCGUAAAAAAAAGAUAAAAACUUUGUUUUUUUCCUUUUUCAUUUCAAAUAUAUUGAAAAUAAUUGAUGUCCUUUUUUUGUCAAGAUUUAUUUGUUAUAGAAAAUUUGAUAUUAAAACGAAAGAAUAAGAAUAAAGGAUUUCUGUUGUUUUUUUUCACAUUUUAUCAAGCUAAAAAAUUAAAAAACAUUUUGUUUUUAUCUUUUUUAUUUAACCUGUGUUCAUCUGACAUACUUCAGAUUUUUUUUAUUUCAGUUUUUCUUUUUUUCAAUUUUAUUCACAAUCAACGAUGUUAGCGAAAUAUGUAUUAGAAGUAUUGCGCAUUUAUAUAUGAAAAAGCUUGUUAGCGCAGCCCCUUUGGGGCUGAAAUGUGGAACUCACGUAUAUACUUCGGCUUCAUUAUACUAAUAUGCAAUAUAGAUAGUAUAAAAUCAUGGAUUUUUAAUUUUCUGACAGGUGCCCUUGUUUUUCGUCUUCUUUGUUGCUAUUCCCCAGUAUUUUUCAUUUUUAACACUGCUUUUUUCUUUAAUUUUACAUUUUUAUUAUAAGAAGCAUUGAAUUAUAUGGCGAACAAAACUAUUAUAUAUAUAUGUAUAUGCAUAUUCAUUAUUUGAAACCUGGUCGCUAAGGUCUGUAAUGGAGACCUACGUUGCUAUGGUCUGUACUGGGAGCCUCUCUGUAAUUGGGGGUACGUCUGUAAUGUUCUCUUCUGUUGCUAUGGUCUGUAAUGUGGGUCUGUCUGUAAGGGGAGGAGGAGCCGCGAAACCUUGAACUUAAAACUUACACUCACUAUUUUCGUGGAAAAUAUACAUGAGUUCCACAAAAAUAGAAGGACGGAGUGAGAGAAGGAACGAGAAGGAAAGAGAAAAAGAGGGCACGAAAAGGGAAGAGUAAAAGAAAAAAAAAACAUUUUGAAGGAAAGAGUAAGAGAAACAAAUUAUGAAGAAAAACACUAAACAGGGUGUGGAUAUGGGUGUCUGGGUGUGGGUCUGGAUGUAGCUGUAGAUGAGAUGAAUAAUUGCACCCACCCACACCCCACACCCCACACCCCCACCCCACCCCCAUACCUACACCCUCGAAAAAUUAGAGUAUCAAACUUUUUCAUUUUUAGGCUCUGUCUUACUAUUAUCUGUUCCAGAAGUAAAGGCACUCGAUUCUUUUCUGAAUAACUUUUGAUAGGAACAAGAUAUCGACCUACGGUUUUCACCGUUUGAUAGCCAAGACCCAAGAGCAUAUUUUCAUAACCGAAAGUUUUUCUGACGAAAAAUCUGAAGACCAGUUUUUCAGAGGGUCUUUGGAAAACCACACUGAAUUUCUGAAAACUAUCAUAGAAGUCUAUUGAUUUUUUCACAUAUUCGAAAUCAGCAUCGAAAACGGUGUCCAUUCAUAUAUGUUCUGAAUCUUUUAAUAGACUUUUUUUGUCGAAAAAUACACCCCUCUCAGGGCCUCGUCAAAAAAUGAAUUCAGUCAAAAAGUCACUUGGACAGUGAAAAGUAGGUUCUAAGCUUGUAAAAUGCUAGUACGACACAAAAUGGCAAAUGACUAGACAAUAGAAACGACAUUUUGCGUGAAUGCAUUUUUUGACGUGGUCCUGAGCUUAUAUCAAUUUCCAAUAUUAUCCUCUCAAAAUAAUUACCACAUAAUUCUAAUUGGCUUUCCACUCUCUCUAUCUAACCCUCUUCUCUCUUAUAAUUUUCUACUACAAUAACCGUAUUUUAUAAUUUUUUUUUCUUAAAAGAUUCGAAACAUACAAUGGUUUGCAAAAAAACUUGGAACAAUUAGUCAACACAAAGAUUUAAUAUUUCCUAGCUUUUGUGGAGGGCAUCUUUUGCUGUUAUCCUAGAUUUAUAUUUAGUAGGUUAUCUACUUAACAUAUUCAUUUACUUUAUCGAUUGGUGUUGUUUCGUUAUUAGAGCUGAGUUCGAUAUGGUAAAGCCAAACAAUACGAAAAAAUAGCAUAUUUCUCUAUUAUAUUAUUGAAACAAGGGAAUUCGUUCAGCCAGAAAAAAAACCAUCAGGCUACAAACACACCUUUGCCUACAAUUAUCUAUCAGUUGGGACAGCUCAGGUAUCAAAGUUCUUUAAAGUAUCGAACGAAUAGAUUAUGGACAACCGUAAGAUUGAUACUACAUACAGUCGAGUACGAUAUCAAUUCAUUACGCGAAAUUACAAAGCCACAAUCGAUGAAUCGACUGAAAAGUCACAAAACUAAUGUCUCUUAACUGUUUCAUAAUAUGUCAAUCAUUUUCCAUUCCAUUCGAAUUCGUGCUGAUUGAUGACCAGUCUAAGAUAUGAGAAAUACUCGUCGUCACUACUAUUUCUCAUAUUUUAGACUGGUUGCUCAACAAUCCGGAUAUUAAUCCCAUUGAAAAUGUUUGGAAUGUGUGAAACAUAGAGUCGGGAAACGAAAAUUAAAAAAUACAAGUAAACUGAAGACUUUCUACAAACUAAAAAUGAACUCAUAUGAAAAAAUAAGUUGUAAUUAGUUUGGCAAAUCGCAUAAAAGAAAGAUGCAAUUAAGUUUUUGAAGUAAAAGAAGAGAGAACACAAUACUGAACGGGAUGUUGUUAAACUAUGGACUAUUGUGUAUGGAAUAACGAAACAUUUUUUUCAAGACAAUUAAUUCAGGCGCUAAUAUAAGCCAAAUGUUUGUUCCAAGUUUUUUUGCAAACCAUUGUAUAUGAAUCGACGCAGUUUUCGAUGCUGAUUUUAGAUUUGUAAAAGAAAAUUAAUAGACUUCUAUGACAGUUUUCAGAAAUCCAGCGUGGUUUUCCGAAGACCCUCUGAGAAACUGGUCUUCGGAUUUUUUCUUAGAAAAAAUUUUGCUUAUGAAAAUAUGCUCUUGGAUCUUGGCUAUCAAACGGUGAAAACCACAGAUCUCUAUCUUGUUCCUAUCAAAAGUUAUUCAAAUAACAACCGAGUGUCUUGGCUUCAAGAACAGAUAAUAGUAGAUCAAUAGUGAAUCCUUCUCUUUAUUUUCCAAACAGCAACUAUAUAUAGAUGAACGAACUAGGAUAAAACCGAAAAACACUUGAAAGAAAACAUGAUGAGAUGGAAAAUACCUAUACUAUAUCAAGAUAAGGGACAAAAAGGAAAGAAUAAAAGAUAUAUAUGUAUAUCAUGCAUGUCAUCCAUGUACGAUAGCAAAACAGAAGAAAGAAAGAGAAAAAAGGAAAAUAUUGCAUAUAACUAGAUCACACUAUAACAAAGAUUAUUGGUCAUAUAGAUGCAAAAUAUUUCCAGGCGUAUCAUAGUUCACUAUCAUACCAUUGUCCAACACAAGAAUACGAUCACAUUUGGCUACUGUGUUCAGUCGAUGAGCGAUUGUCAUAACAGUUCGAUCUUGAAAUUUCUC